AUGGCAUCUUCAUCUAAACAAAAAAUCUGCAACCAAUUCUCCCGUACUGGUACAUGUACCUUCCCCAACUGUCGCUAUACGCACAACUCCACUGGGCCACCUCCCCCGAAGGCUCCAUGCAACUACUUUCUUGCGCGCGGUCAAUGCCGUUUUGGCGAUGCCUGUAAAUUCUCCCAUGAUACAAGCGUUACGCGUCCGCCUGAAGAUCCCACCAGCGCAAUAUCAUUGUACAAAGGCUGGUCCCAAUUGCUCGGAAGUCGCACCUCCGCUCGUACCGCUCGCGGACUCCUCUCUGACCUGACUGUAGACCAGAUGGAACGUUUUUUGGUUGAUGCCCAUAAGAUACUGGAGAUUGGGACAUCAGAGUCGGUGCAGCAGCUGAUUGGUGACCUGGGGUCGGAACGGGGGUUGAGGAGAAUUCUGCAGCUGGUGGAGUCUAACUUUGCGCUUGGGUACUCGUUAAGUGGGUUGGGGUUCAGGAGACAUUGUCUCGUAUUCUUGAAGGUUGUUGCACAUGAGGAGAUGCGGGCAUCGUUGGUGCUCGAGAAGGAAGUUGGAACGAUCUUCAACUUUAUAUACGGCCCAGGUGGACGACGGGGAAUCGACUUCUUCACGAGAGUAGCCGAUCAGCUUGAACGACUCGCCGAAACAGACACGAGGGAGGAGCUUGAGGGUGCGCUGCUCCCAACGGCGACUGCGCUCUUUAACACGCUGAAUCUGAACGACGCGGCGGCGGUACAGGAGCAGUUCAAGAAGAUUGCCAAUACCCUCAUCACCCUAAGCACAAGACACGGAGACUUGGGCGGCCCCUUCAACUACACAUAUAGAUGUGUACAGGAAGAGCUCAACCGCAUCAAGGUGCUCCUUCAGAUGGCGGACACAAUCCCGAGCGCAAGCUCCAGAAUGCGAGUCGCGUCACAUGCGCCCCUACAGAGCUUUGCGAGGCAUUCCGUGGACCUUCCCGGGGAGCUAUCCAGGGAGGGGCCCAGGCAUGAUAACGAUCAUGCGGAUAUAUCAAAAAUCAAGAUUCUGCCUUCGAGUCAGGAGAUUAGUUCCCAUAGAAAUGAAUUCCUUCCGCAGAGAGCGCUCGAGUAUCCCCACCAUUUGGAGGGAAUUGCCAGAGUUCUGGAUUUCCAGUUUAGACUACUCAGGGAAGAUACCGCCGGACAGAUCAGAGAGGCGGUAAGGGCUGUUCAAGACGGGUGGGCGGAGCUUGUGGAGGAAGGUGGCAAGGGGAAGCAGAAGGGAAGGAACUCCGGGGUGCGGACACUACUCUAUCGGAAUGCGGUUAUUGAGAGGAUCAAGUGCUCUCAGAGAGAUGGACUGGUUUUGAAUACCACCUUUGAUCAGCCAUCGAAAGUACAGGCAUUGACUGAUAAAGCAAGGAAGGAAUGGUGGGCAAAGUCAAAGUAUCUCCAGGUUGGAUCGCUGCUAUGUCUGGUGGAUAAUUUCAAGAGAAGCACCUUCUUGGUGGUCUGUGAGCGUACUGCCAACAUCGCGGAUAAUAAGAAGAAUAAGUCGGUCCCAUCUCAUUUGGAGGUGGAGGAAGGGAUUCAAGACCUAGGGAGCAAUAAGCAAAGGGCAAUGAUAACUCUCCGCUUCGCUGGGACAGUCUCGGAAGUUGAUAUCGAGAAUGUAUUCAAGGACGUUGACAGCAGGGAAGAAACCACCCAAGUGCUAGUCGAAUUCCCGGGACUCCUCUUCACUUCCUUUGAUCCAGUUUUAAAGUGCCUCCAACAGGCCUCAAAAACAGGAAAUGUUCCGUUCCCAAAGUGGCUGGCUCCAUCACCAGUAUAUGAAUACGCAUCAGAACCAGGUUCAAAAGAGGUGGAUGUUGCUCCUCCACUUUACAUGACCAAGCCUGGGGUGUCUCUAGACCUGAAGAGCAUCACCGGCGAAGGCCUACCAUUGAGUUACUCGGUAGGACAAGAAUUCAAUAUGGUGAAUCUUCGACAGAGGACCACCCUGGACCAUGGACAGUGCGAGGCCUUGAUUGCGAGUUUGAGUAGAGAACUUGCAUUGAUCCAGGGACCCCCGGGCACAGGAAAGUCUUAUCUUGGCAUUCAAAUCGUGAAGGUCUUGCUGGAUAACAGGGAAAAAACAAACAUUGGUCCCAUCAUCUGUGUUUGCUACACGAAUCACGCUCUUGACCAAUUUCUCGAAAACCUGCUCGCAGACAAGAUCACCAAUAUCGUCCGCAUCGGAUCACGCUCAAAGUCGGAAGCCGUCGCUGCGCUCUCACUCCAAAACGUCUCUCAGAGGGCCGACCGCACACGUCUCGAACGAUAUCAAGUUGCCAAAGCCCGCGAGAGUAUCUUGGCCAUAGAAUCAUCCAUCGAAGAGGCGUGUGGGCAGCUCCUUAACCCAAAGGAUCCAAAGAUUCUAAAGGAGUUUCUUGAAGAACACCACCCCACAGCGUUCACCGAGCUGUUCAGUAAUGAACCGGAUGAGGAUGGAUGGGUACGAAAGAGGGGAAGAAGAGGAGGCCGCUCGGGCACGGGGGAGAUCCUGGGUGAUUGGAUUGCGGGCCGGGGGAUGGAUCCUAAUCGUAUCCCGCGAACAAACCGUCCUGUAGAGGCCCUACUCACAACUAGUGUCCUCGCCAUGUCCCGUAUCGAGAAGUUGAAGCUCUUGGACCACUGGUACGACUCAAUGAAGGAACUUGCCAGCUCGAAGCUCCUCAAAGGAUCGGAGGACCACACUGUGGAGCGUUUAAAUCUCACCCGCCAGUAUCAAGAGCAGGAGCGGCGGUGUCUACAGGAGAGCCAUAUUAUUGGCGUGACAACUACCGGCUUCGCUACACACUCAGAUCUGAUCCGUUCAGUCAAUGCAAAGGUGUUAAUCUGCGAGGAAGCGGCGGAGGUCCUCGAAGCACAUAUUCUCAGCGCCCUGUUGCCAACCGUGGAACAUGCAAUUCUCAUCGGGGACCAUCUCCAACUACGACCACAGAUUAUGAACCAUGAUUUUUCGGUGGAAAACCCGCGUGGAGGGAAGGCGUACGGGCUUGACACAUCACUCUUUGAGAGAACUGCUGAUGUGGAGACCUAUGGGGGCAAGAGAUUUCCUGUUGCGAGCCUUGAUACACAGAGACGCAUGCACCCGUCGAUUGCAAGUCUUGUUAGGAAUACGCUGUACCCAUAUCUAGUUGAUCAUCCCGAUACUACGGCUCAUCCCGCUGUCAAGGGGAUGGCUCGGAGAAUGUUCUGGAUGGAUCAUAGGGUGCUCGAAGAUGGUGCGGAUAAGCUGGAGCUCAUUCAGACAUCGCAUGCGAACGAGUUUGAAGCCGAUAUGGUCGUUGAGCUGGUAAGGCAUCUUUCAAGGCAGGGCGUCUACAAGAGUGGGGAGAUUGCAGUUCUCUCGCCAUACCUAAGGCAGCUCUUUGUGUUACGGAGGAAGCUGGCAUCCAUGUUUGAAGUUGUGGUUGGUGAUCGAGACCAGGAGCAGCUGGACGAGGAGAUGAGCGGCGAUGAAGAGAUGCAACCAACAACAGUACCAGUGUUAGUUCCAUCCCAGCAGGUGAAGAAGGGGAGUCUUCUGAAUGAAGUAAGGGUUGCUACAGUAGACAACUUUCAGGGAGAGGAAGCAAAAAUCAUUAUCAUCUCACUGGUGAGAAGCAAUAAAGAGAAGAAGUGUGGAUUUUUGAAAACAUCAAAUAGGAUAAACGUGUUGCUCAGCCGAGCACAAGAUGGGAUGUAUAUCAUUGAGGCCAAAAUAUUGACAGAAGACUGGAGCUCUGCUGCCCUCGCCACCGCGAAACUCCAAUCUUUGUCGCCGAACCGGAUGACUUCCAUCUCUUCUCCCCCGAGGGAGGCUGCAGUGAGCGCUGCGAGUGGCGGCUAA